AUGGGCAAAACGCAGGCUAUUGAGUUUGGUAUCAAGCGUAUUCCCGUUAUUAUCCCACUGGAUGAAGAAAGCGCGCGCCAGCUGUGCGAACAAAUCCUAACGACGCACGCAAAUGAGCCUGACAAAGUUGCUGAAAAGUUUCUAGAAAUUUUGGGUCCAGAAGACGAAUCGCUCAACUUCGUGCUGCAAUUCAACGAGAAAUUGGGUUAUAAAGAGCCCUCCAUAGCAGCUUCUGAGCCCAUUGUGAAAAAUGAAGCUAAAAACUCUGGCUCAAAAGCUGGUAACGAUAUUUUAGAGCCUUUGAAAGUGACCAAAACACCCGUCAAUACCAAAUCUGUGCCUCCAAAAGCAACAGAUGCGGUAAGAAAAUCUGUUUUAUCAAGUUACAGGCCGCAACAGAACUCUCCAAAACCUUCAGUACAAGAAAAGCCAAAAAAAAACGGCAAGUCACGAAAGCUUCAAAACCUCCAGGAAAUUGACGACGUCCUCAAGAUUCUCGAGCUGGAAACCACUGACAAGGACCCCACAAAGUACGUGUGUAACUGUCGAGGCACAAGACACCCGCUUUUCGAGGUCGCACCCAACUGUCUCUCGUGUGGGAAAAUCAUGUGCGUGAUGGAAGGCCUCCAUUUAAACAAUUGCACGAGUUGCGGAGCUGAAAUGAUGAGUCCUGAGGAGCGAUCGAAGAUUAUUGACGUGCUCAACCAAGAAAAACUAGAAUUAGCGUCAGUUAAAACUGCUGUGGUACCAGAGAAGCCCAAAAGAACGAAGGCAUACACUAUCACUUCGGGAACUGGGACCAAUCUAUUUUCUGAACAAGAUAGGUUAUUUCAGAGGAUUGAGAAGGAGAAAGAGCGCGAGGCAAAGCGUAAAGAAGUCUUGGGUGGUUUGGAAGAAUCCCGCCUCGCAGAGACUAAAGAGGCCACGGAACAUGACCAGGAAGAUCCAGAACUGAGAAGUGCUCAGGAACGUCUCGAAAAGCUUUUACACUUUCAGAAUACAUCGGACCAAAGAACAAAAAUUAUCGACAAUGCCAGUGAUUUCAGCAUGAGCAACGACUCCAAUCUGUGGGGCAGUGCUCAAGAUCGUGCGCUCAUGCUGAAAAAGCAGCAAAGAAACAUUAGGCGAUGGGAAAAACUGGAACAAGAACGGCGUGGUAGAAGAGACAAGGUGGUUAUCGAUUUGGUAAUUGGUAAAGAUGGGAAAGUGACGAUGACAGAGGCUUCGAGACCUCAAAAAAAGUCACACGCUGCUGAUGACGAGGACAAGGACGAGAUAAGCGACGAAGAAGAUUUGAAGGACUUAGAGGAGAUAGAACAAUUAAAAGGCUCGUUGGCACAGACUUCCAAAGAAAAGGAAGGGAAUCUGUCCUCCAAAAUAUGGGAUCCAGAAAAAGACAGGAAGCAAUUCAGAAGGCCCGUGUACAUUGACGAUAGACAGUCCGUUGAAUCAUCUGGGGAAGAUCAAACAAUCUCUGAUGGCCGAAAUUGGAAGAAAAGAGUGCAAAUAAGUCAAAACGACGAAAAUUCGCUAGAGCAAAACAUUCUGGCGGUAUUAUGA